GACGUAAGGGCGUGCCCUUCUCGCGCUCAUAAAAUGCGGCCUUGGGGCGUCUCCUUUCCUCCAUCGUCUGAACGAUUCUGUUCUUUUCUAUUCUCUUGCGGUUCUUCGUGAUUCUCCUUCGGCUCUCUGUGAUUUCCUCCUCCUCUUCUUCAAGAUGCAGAUCUUCGUCAAGACACUCACUGGGAAGACCAUAACUCUCGAGGUCGAGAGUUCCGAUACCAUCGACAACGUCAAGGCCAAGAUCCAAGAUAAGGAAGGCAUCCCCCCAGACCAGCAGAGGCUGAUCUUCGCUGGAAAACAGCUCGAGGAUGGCCGUACCCUGGCCGACUACAAUAUCCAGAAGGAGUCAACCCUCCACCUUGUCCUCCGUCUCAGGGGUGGGAUGCAGAUCUUCGUCAAGACCCUCACGGGGAAGACCAUCACCCUUGAGGUCGAGAGCUCCGACACCAUCGACAACGUCAAGGCCAAGAUCCAGGACAAGGAGGGCAUCCCUCCAGACCAGCAGAGGCUGAUCUUUGCCGGAAAGCAACUCGAGGAUGGCCGCACCCUGGCCGACUACAACAUCCAGAAGGAGUCCACCCUCCACCUCGUCCUCCGUCUGAGGGGAGGUAUGCAGAUCUUCGUUAAGACCCUCACUGGGAAAACUAUUACCCUUGAGGUCGAGAGCUCCGACACUAUUGAUAACGUCAAGGCCAAGAUCCAGGACAAGGAAGGCAUCCCCCCAGACCAGCAGAGGCUUAUUUUUGCCGGAAAGCAGCUGGAAGAUGGCCGCACUCUGGCCGACUACAACAUCCAAAAGGAGUCCACCCUCCACCUCGUCCUCCGUCUGAGGGGGGGCAUGCAGAUCUUCGUCAAAACCCUCACUGGGAAGACUAUUACCCUUGAGGUCGAGAGUUCUGACACCAUUGAUAACGUAAAGGCCAAGAUCCAGGACAAGGAGGGCAUCCCCCCAGACCAGCAGCGACUCAUCUUCGCUGGAAAGCAGCUUGAGGAUGGCCGCACCCUGGCCGAUUACAACAUCCAGAAGGAGUCCACCCUUCACCUCGUGCUCCGCCUGAGGGGAGGCAUGCAAAUCUUCGUCAAGACCCUGACGGGGAAGACUAUCACCCUUGAGGUCGAGAGCUCGGAUACCAUCGAUAACGUGAAAGCUAAGAUUCAGGACAAGGAGGGCAUCCCCCCAGACCAGCAGCGACUCAUCUUCGCUGGAAAGCAGCUUGAGGAUGGCCGCACCCUGGCCGAUUACAACAUCCAGAAGGAGUCCACCCUCCACCUCGUGCUUCGUCUCAGGGGAGGUAUGCAGAUAUUUGUCAAGACCCUAACCGGGAAAACUAUCACCCUGGAGGUGGAGAGCUCUGACACGAUCGACAACGUGAAAGCGAAGAUUCAGGAUAAGGAGGGUAUUCCACCCGACCAGCAGCGUCUUAUUUUUGCUGGGAAGCAGCUGGAGGAUGGGCGCACCCUCGCGGACUACAACAUCCAAAAGGAGUCGACUCUUCACUUGGUGUUGCGUCUCAGGGGUGGGAUGCAGAUCUUUGUCAAGACCCUAACUGGGAAGACCAUCACCCUCGAGGUAGAAAGCUCGGACACGAUUGAUAACGUUAAAGCAAAGAUCCAGGACAAAGAGGGGAUUCCACCAGACCAGCAGCGUCUCAUCUUCGCUGGCAAGCAGCUUGAGGAUGGUCGCACACUGGCUGAUUACAACAUUCAAAAGGAGUCCACCCUUCACCUUGUCCUUCGCCUCCGUGGUGGUCUGUGAAUUGUCUCUUGUUUUGUCUGAUGCAGCUGGUCUGCUAUCAUUGGAAACCCGGUGUUUUUAGUUUCCACUAUGCGUCGUGUCUUUUGUUGCUUCCGUAUGGUGUGAUUGAUGAUUGCCAUGCGGCAAGCAGUCUUCAUGUUUAGUUUCCGAGUAUAGUCUGUUCUCAUGGUCUCUGUUUAUGCACUGAAACUACUGCUAAAUAAAGUCUUUGUUCUAGUGUAA